CAUCAGCAUUAUGUUGUGUGUUUGUGUAAAAGUGAACUCUUAUUACACAUGCUGGUGUCAUCACAGCGACUUUUAUCUGCUCCAGAAGGUCACCGGUGUAAACAGAAGUCCCGCCUUCGUGGCCGUCCUGAGAACUCCGGUUAGUCAAGUUGCCUGUCAAUCAUGAUAUUUAACCAAUCGCGUUCGUUUGUUCUUUCCCAUUCGUGCUAGAACGAGGGGUUAAGUUCAAUUCAAGAUGUCGGCAGUGUGUGUGUAUCCCAUGUGUGUUCGGCUGAGCCGGGGCCUCCUCAGGCUGAGAAGUGAAACGUCGGCUUCCACAGCGGCGGGUUUAAUCAGAAAACUCUUUGUUGGACCGGUAAAAGGUAACGAAAGCGGCGCCAUAGAGGGGCUAGCUCAGGCUAUACUACAGGAGCGACUUCAGCAGCAGGGGACUCAGAGUCAACCUCCUCCUAUAGGGGAGGGAGAGAACUCCGAGCAGCAGGAUGAUCAAAGAGAGGACAAGAAGCAGAAAGAGAACAUGGCGUAUGCAAAGAAGGUGGUGCUUCGCUUGGCGGGGCUUAUGGGACUCGGGGGCGCAGUCGGCGUGGUCUACAUCUUCGGUAGCAACUCGGUAGAUGAUCAUGGAAAUAAGAUAGCAGAUGAGUUUGAUAAUGACGGACCCGUUCUCCAGCAGCUCAAGAGAACUUUCAAAUAUUUCAAAGAUUACAGACAGAUGAUCAUUGAACCCACAAGUCCAAAGCUUCUACCCGACCCACUGAAGGAGCCCUAUUACCAGCCUCCAUACACCCUGGUGCUAGAGCUCACCGACGUUCUGCUUCAUCCCGAAUGGUCGUUGGCCACAGGCUGGCGUUUUAAGAAGCGACCAGGCAUCGACUACCUGUUCCAGCAACUAGCGCCACUUUACGAGAUUGUCAUCUUCACAUCCGAAACUGGCAUGACGGCGUUCCCGCUGGUUGACAGCAUAGACCCACAGGGCUUUGUCAUGUACCGUCUCUUCCGGGAUGCCACUCGCUACAUGGAGGGCCAUCAUGUCAAGGACGUGUCUUGUCUGAACAGAGACACCUCUAAAGUAAUUAUAGUGGACUGCAAGCGAGAGGCCUUCAGCCUGCAGCCCUUCAACGGCUUGGCACUGCGCAAGUGGGACGGCAACUCGGAGGACCGCACGCUCUACGACUUGGCUGCCUUUCUUAAAACAAUUGCGAUGAACGGCGUGGAGGAUGUGCGUACUGUCCUGGAAAACUACGCCCACGAGGAAGACCCCAUUGAAGCGUUUAAAAGGAGACAAGCACAGCUCGCACUGGAGGAGGAGCAGAGGCUGGUGGAUAUUUCUCAGCAGAAGAAGCAGGGCUUAUCUUUAGGCACCAUUGCAGGCCGUUUCUGGUCCCGCAAGCAGCAGUGAAGGUUGUCCUCGCUGAAGGCUGGCAGUUCUGGACCACCCUGGGCAGUGACUGGGGGGGAUGGUUUGGCAUCCAGUUCCUUCCACUGAACACUUGCCGCCAUGGUGUGGGAGAGGAGUCGAGAACUCUAAAGAGACAUUUAGUACGUAUGUGCUGGUGAAGGCACUCUCUGGACUGUGUUUGUGUCUACAAAUUCGUUCCAAAGGUCUAUAUACCAGGACCAAUUUUUUCCCCACUCCUUAGCUCAUGUAUUGUUUCUACUCAUGCAGAAAAAAAAAACUGUUAACAGCCACAGCUUGUAUGGAACACAGUCAUUGCUCACUAGAAGAUGUGUGUCUCGUUUCAGCCCCUAAUUCCAUUUUAGUGCUAUAUUUGGAGGACUGAUUGGGUGUGGCCACCCAAUUUACCCAAGGAGUUAGUACUGGAGUUGUGUACUCUUGCUGCUGUAAUGACAGCACGCCAGAUUGUAGUUCAUAUUAAGUGAAGUUACAUCUAAUGAUGACAUUGACAGUGUGCCAUUUCUGUUUAUAACUGCAGUGGUACGCUCCAUCUGAUGUGCUUGUGUAAUGCGUUUUAAUGUGAACUGCUUAAAUGACUUUCAAUAAACAAAAAUGUGUUUGACUUUCUACAAUCAGUGGUAUUCCCCCCUAACCCCCCUGCCCCCUCCCAACCAAAACAAACACACACUUCACUAAUUUUACUUAAAUGCUCUUAAUGAAUCACGUGCAGUAUACCUGAACAACCUUGGAUAAAUGUAACUUUCAAGAGGACAUGCUAGUUUUGUGUACAAAUGAUUAAAGGGUAUCUUGGGAUUACUAGUGAAAUCUCCUCCUCUUUUGGAUUUUGCAAGUAUUUUCCACUUUUUGAUCCAUGUCUUUGCAUCCAUGUUUCUUCCAAUUCUGAUUUGCGCUGUUGGAAAUUAUAUCCCUGAACAUAAUUGUGUGUAAUUGUAUCCUUGAAGGUGGUUUAGUGGUUAGCCUCACACCUCCAGGGUUGAUGGUUUCAUUCUGUGUGUGCAGAGUUUGCAUGUUCUCCUCUGGAUACUCCACUUUCCUCCUCCAGUCUAAAGACAUGUAUGGUAGGCUGAUUGGCAUGUCCAAAGUGUCCGUAGUGUGUGAAUGUGUAUGUGAUUGUGCCCUGUGAUGGAUUGGCACCCUGUCUAGGGUGUAUCCAGGUUCCCCGCAACCCUGUAGGAUAAGCGGUAUAGAAAAUGAAUGAAUGAAUGGAUGUAUUCUUGAAACUGUAUCCCUGAACACCUUUCUGUACUCUUCUUCAGGUUUGUAAAUCUCUUCUGUUUUCAGUCUGGUGAUAACACAUACUCUGAUUUUCACAGCAAACUGCUUGUGAACUUGUCAUGCCUUAAUAAGACUUAGUAAAGUAAACAUUUUGUGACCUCUGUAUUAAAGCUCUAUAUGGCAUGUUGGUCUAAAAUGAGUUAACUAUGUAAACCUGUUGACACUUAU